GUAUGUGGUUCAGUUUCAGUGAUGCUGCUGCUGCCGUGUGUGUCUCGUGUGGUGUGCCUCUUGUGAUCUGAUGAUGACAACGACGACGACGACGACGACGACGAAGACGAGUUAGAAUCGAAUGAAGUAGAAUAAGCAAAGCAGCAGGUUGUGUAAAUGUGACGACAUCCGCCUUCCUGCGCGUGAAUUAGUGUAGUGUGCUUAAUAGAAAGUGAUAGAGAGUGAUAACAGUGCAAGAACAGCUAGUAGAAGCAACAGAAAACCACAUAGAAUCAGCCAAAUAGUUAGCAGUCUACUGCAGUGUCCAGUGUGGCGCCGUAGCUGAAUGAUUCUUGAAGCUCCUUCACCGCGUAUCCGAACCGAUCGUAUCCGAAACACGGAACACUGAAUGCAGCUCAUCCAUCGAUACCCCCGAUCACCGUAACAUCCAACGUGCUUAAACGGAACGUGCCUCCCGGCCGACUGAGUACGCUAGAAGGAGCUCUCGAGGAAGAUCCCCGACACCGGACGAGAUCCGUUCGGAAGCUCGUUGCCCAGCAAGGUUCCCAGCGCCCUGAUCGACCGGCUAGAUGGCGAAGGGUGCCAAGAGGAAAACCAAGUGGGUCUCGCUGUCGCUGGACGGGGCCAACACAACCACCUCCUCGGGCGUGCCCGGUUCGGACGGAGAGCAACCGCUGCACCACGUACACCGUCACAAAGCGCAUCACAGUAGCAGCAACAUCCAACAGAAGCAGAACGAACGCAAAGAUCCCACAGGCGACGCCGUAACAGAGCAUUCUGCAAGCAUCAGAGCAACCGAGCAGGAGCAUCAGAAUGGUAGCCGGACUGACACGAGCGGCAGCGGUAGUGAUUCGGCGGUGGCCGGUUCAGAACGGCGCUAUCCGACGUCGUACCACAAGCGUAGACCUCCACCGUAUAGCACCGAACGACGUACCAACAGUAGCUGGAGUGGUGGCGGUGGUGGUGGCCAUUACGCCGGUAGCAAUCGAUCCCACUACGGUGGUUACUACGGCACAGGCCGCCGAUCGUACUAUGGCGAAGCAAGAAGAGGGCCCCAAUCCGUGGUCGGAACGACCGGCAGCAAAACGACCACCACUAGCGACAGUGGUGGAGCAACCAAUACGAUUAACGAUGAUGAGUACACGAGAAUCACUACACCGCGACAGGAUGUUCUGUUCAAGAAGGGCUACCUAUCGCGUCCGAAACCUCAGACGACCACAACGACAACCACGACGACGACGAUGACGGCGGCCAAUGCAUCGAACGAGAACACUACCGCGUCCAGCUCGCUCGCCGGAACGACCAGUGAAGGUAGCGAGGGGGGAAACGGUGGCGGAAGCAACAGCAUUUCCACGACCGAAUCCAUCACGUCCGACUACGGUGGGUCGUUCGCGGCCGAUUCCUUCCCCAUUCCGUGCCUACCGUACGGUUACUUCACGGAAAACGGGGUGCUGGUGAUGAAUGGUUUCGCCGUGGACAAUAAUGGAUAUUCAUACUUUAACGGUGGUCAGACUUAUAUCUAUCCACCAAACUUCAGCAACUGCCAAGCACCAACCAGUGUCGAAGGGAUAGUACCAGAAGAGGUAGCGCUUACGAGCUCCUCCGGUGAAGAGAUAUACGAAGGAACAGCCGCGAUAACAGAAGAACAAUCGGAUGAAGCACAACCUACGGCGUGUGGAGAGGAUGGAACCACUGAGUGUACCGCUGCUUCGGACGGUGUAUUGCCAAUACCGGACCCUUCCACCAUGCACGGUGUGAUGACGGUUGAAGAAGGAUCGUCAGAUCAACAGGAAGCGAAUGUGGCAGAUGGUUUUCUAGUAUCACAAACCACCGGUGCAACCGUCAAUGACGAGGGCUCAUUCGAACCCGACUUAGAGGCGAAUGGUUUCUAUCAGUUCAAUGAUAGCUACGAUAUGGCGCAAUUUUACAGUUCGGUCUGCUACCCCCAGUGGUGCAUGGGACACUAUGGGCUCUGUGAAGAUGGUACUCCGCUGCAAGCGACCGAGUAUGUGAUGCCCAACGGGGAGGUCUAUACGCACCAGACGAGCUUCAAGAAGCGUAAGAAACGCUUCCGUCAUCAUGAUGAGGUGCAGCAAGAUGAAAGUGCCACUGUCCUUGACAGUGGUGCUACACCUGUCCCACUAAUAUACACCACUGUCCCAGUACAGGGAGAUUUUGUUCCUAGUUCCACCACAACCACCGUUCCUGCUCAGCUACAUCAUCAGUUGAAUGCUGACGUACAAGAGUUUCUUCCUUCCGCGGUGACUCCAGGGACCGCCACCACCGACGUAACCGAACGUACUACUAGUCAUCGAUCCGCGAGAAGAAGCAAUACUCAACCAACGGCGACGAAGAAGUCAAUUUCCACCGCAUCAUCCGCUUCCAAGAGCGUAGCUCCUGUAAAGGCUACGGUAGUCACGACACCCGUAGAGUCAGUGGCGACAGUUACGAGCGCCAAAACCGUGCCCAACGCCCUACGUCCUCCGUUGGGGUCGCACAAAAACCGAAAGAAGGAUCUGAUUGAAUCGACCUUAGCAUUCGCCGAACAGAACAUCGAUCUGACGCGCCACAAGCUGGCGGCUUCGCAGAGUCAUGACAGCGAUCUACUCUGGACAACCGUUAGCAAGGGUGGCCGGAAGCGCGUCGUGGAGCAGGAUCAACCCUUGGACACUGCGAUCACCGGUAGUUCCGAUCGUCAAGUGGAUGAAGCAAAGCCUGUGAUUGAGUCUCAAAAGUCCAUCAAACAGUCCGAACCGGUUGCGAUUAGUUCAAGCGAAACGCGUCCACUUGCAACGUUUGUGGACACUCCGGAGGCUGAAAGUAAGAAAGAGGUAACAGGAAAGAAUAAGAAAAAGACACAAAAGCACAAAAGACAACAACGGAAGCCAGGAAAUGCUGUUAUGCAUCGCCAGCCUCUGGAAGGUUUCCAACUAAUCGAACCGGAAUUCACCUCCAAGCCGGACUUGGCGUCCCAGCGGGGCACAAAAGGAUGUGAUAGUGAGGUGCAGGAUAAACCGGAGUACGGUGAUGAAGCAAUAGACCCGGUGGGUUGUAAUGAAGUGGUGGAAGAAGUGCUUGAGAUCGAGGAGGCUCAUGUGGAAGAUGAUCUUGUGGUUUCUCCUCCACUACUGGACGAGAACAAGGUUGUAGCAUGCAUUAUAGAAAAGGAAGAAGAAAAAGAAGAAAAGAAAGAAGAAGUGCCACACGACGAACUGAUAUGUGAUAGAAUCGUCCAGCAUGUCGAUUCGGCACCGGCGGUUGAGUGCAUUGUUGUGGAGUGUCCGGAACCGGCCGAACCAGUUCCGGAAUCACAAAUUGUGAUCGAGCAAGCGAUUGAUGAUGAGAUCAUUCUUAAUGAGACUGAGACCGAGAAGAAGGUGAUGCUCGAGGUUGCCACAAUGGCCAACACGGCGGAUGAAAGCGAAUGUUACGAACCGGCUGAAUCAAAAACAGAAGAAUGCUUAUCGCUCGUUGCAGCAAAUGAAAAGGAAUCUACAGCACCGAUCGUGGAGGAGACAGCGAUGGUGAAGGAGGAGCUCAAUCAACCGCCAGCGGAACAAUCAGCAUCGCCUGUCGAAGAACCGUUGAUCGAGUGUAUCGCCAUCAAACCACUGCUAACCCUUGCUGCCGCACCGGAACGGGGACCGGAUGAGAAAACACCACGAAUCAGUUCGGACUCGGAGGAAGCCGACGAGGAAGAGAUGAGUGAGGAUCGGCAUCGCAAACGGGACAGUGUUUCCGGUUACACCGAGAGCAUUGAUUCCGGUUUGCAGAGUCCGGCACCGUGUGGUCAAGCCACACCAGAGACUUCUUCGUUGGCAAGCUCGCACGAAACCGAGCCACACGAAGACGAGGAUCGGCAGCAACAGCUCAGUCAGCUUGUCGGACGGUGGCUUACGCGUAAGCUCGAGGAUCAUGAACCGGAUGAGGUGUUUGUGUUGCCACACAGCAAUCCUCUGCUGAUGCAGCGUCUGCAUCGGUUCCAGCAGCUACAGUGUAAUCGUGACCGGCUUGCAUCGGAUUCCUACGACGAGGAUGACGACGAUGAUGACGAGCGGGAUACGGAUAGUGACUACAUGAGUGAUGGCCAGGGACGACACGAUGUUGCUACCAAUCCGAGCUCCCCUGUGCUCAACCAUGUGCCAGAGCAGCAAGAGCAGCACCAACUGCAAAAUGGUGCUAAAUCGCAAAAUCUCCAUUUAAAGCAACCCGCAGCAGUACUUAAUGGUAACACUAAGACAACCGCCAGCAGCACCAUAAGCGAACAGGCGCAGCAAAAGCGCUGUAUCAUCAUGUAGGGUAUGCUUCGUUUUAACCCCAGCAUGUCCAAUGGACACAAACUCGUUAACACCCACAUUGCCUUUGUCCUUACCGCUUGAUACACACCUAAAGUCAGGAGACGGGCCAAGAAGCAUCGCGGAAUCACCUUCAUCGGUGCUGCAUCGUGUACAAGCAAGCGGCUUCGCUAAUCAGCAAUCCAAAAACUCGGCUCAAUGCGCUGCAAUCAUCCUGCCUCCUGCGAUGCACGCAUUGAGUAGACGAAGGCAGCGCCUUCUUUGCUUUCGUUGAUCAUCAUCAUUAUACAUCACCUUUAGCGUUACGUAGAAUAUAUUAUCAAAACCGUAGUAAGGCACCCCAGCGGAAUUGUUUGAACAAAAGGACAUUAAUCGUUAACCUAUGCUUAUCAAACAAAGCACACAUAAACCGAUGGCGGUCAUCACAAUUAGCUGUUAAAAUGAAGAAAAAAAAACCGUUAAAAAGGAGACUUCACAAAUGAUACAGAGGAGAGACAAGAGCCGCUUAACUCCCUAGCACAGGAGCUGAAACCUUGC